AUGAGUAAAGAGAAAGGUAAGAUGAAGAGUCUGUCGGUGCAACAUUUACCGUAUCCUUAUGCUCCCACCAAGAAAGACAAAGAAAGAUGGUAUGUCAGGUUUUUUGAUAUUUUCAAACGGCUUCAGAUCAAUCUUCCAUUUGAUGAAGCUUUAGAACAGAUGCCUACACAUGCCAAGUUUAUGAAAGAGAUUCUGACAAAGAAAAAGAGAAUCACUGAAGAGGAAACAAUUCAAGUGGAUGCUAGUUGCAAUGUCAUCAUUCAGAAAACCCUUUUGCAUAAAGAAAUAGAUCCUGAAGGUGUUACGUUACCUAUUACUAUAGGAAACGUAAAUGUUGGAAAAUCAUUGAUUGAUCUCAGCUCUAACAUAAAUCUGAUAUCGCUAUCAGUAGUCAAUCGGAUUAGCGAUAUUAAUUUGAAAAACACAAAGAUGACACUGCAACUAGCAGAUAAAUUCAUCACCCGACCAUCAGGGAUAGCUGAAGACGUGUUGGUUAAAGUCGACAAAUUUCUAUUCCCUAUAGAUUUUGUAGUAAUGGAUAUUGAAACAAAUGAUGAUGUUCUUCUAAUUUUGGGGCCGACCAUUCAUGAAGAUGACAAGAAUGAUGAUAAAUGUUGA